AGAUCAUCAACACGUACGACCCAUGAUUUAAUCAAUCUUUGGUUUCUACAACCGUUGGUAGUGCACGUAUUCAGUUAUUAUGGAAAGGGGAAGGAGACGGAGAGCAAUAAACGAUGUGACAGUGUGAAAAUAAAUCCGUAUGUGGUAUAUUAAUUCGAAUACAAAAUGGGGAGGAUAGUGAUAGCAGACGAUAAUUUGCUGCCUUAUUUAAUUCAGCUUGCAAAAUCAGACUCAUAUGUGAUUGGGUUGAUUCUUGGCCAGAAUGCAGAUCAACGUGAUUAUGUGGUUCACCUGGCAAGAACAACAUGUCUAGAUUCUAAAGAUGUGAAAGACGAAAGUGCAGCUCAGCCUCCAAGUAAAGCAGAACAUCAGAAACCACUGAAGUCUGUGCAGGAUAUUCAAGAAAUCUGGGUUGCGGACCAUGCAAAACAUGUUACACGAAUGUUGCCAGGAGGAAUGUGGGUUCUGGGUAUUUUCGUUGUCGGUCCAGGGGAUGUUUUUGGAGACCCAAAGGCUGUGUAUAAGUUACGUGCCGUUCUGCUUCAUAUCAAAAAGAAUUUGUCAACCAGCCGCUAUCUUCACGGAGACAGCCCAAGUACCGAGAAACUUGUUUUAAAUUUAUGCAGUACCACGAAAAGGUAUAUGUGCAAGUCAAUUGACACCAAGAAUUCGAGUAGUUCGGUUCACCCUGUAGAAUGGAAGUUCCAGUCUAAGGCUACCAGAUGGCACCAGUUAGACUGUCACAUUAAUUUAGAUCAAGUAUUUCCAAUCAGCCUGGACAAACAAACACAAUCACUGAGAAGUAAUCUGCAGGAAAUCUUAGGAGCGUUGAGUGAGAAUAUAAAGUCAGCUGUCUGCAUGUUUGAUGGAGAGUUAAGAGAUUCAUCCAAGGCACUGGAUGCACUUGGGAAGAAGAAACCGAAAGCCGGCAGUAAAGGUCCCAACAGUGGAGAAAUAACAAUGCUUACCGUCAGUUUGUACAUUCCCUGCAAUACUAGAACAGAAAAGGAUAAUGACAUGCAGAUUAUUGAAUGUUGUGGCGAGAUGAACUUCCUUGGCAUUCUGGCAAGCCGAGUGUUCCUGCAUCAGAAAGCGACAAUACAAGAAGCAGAGCAGGCAGUAAAACAAGAUAUUGUUCGCUCUCUUGCAUCACGACUUGAAUUGCACUGGGAUUCCCUUAUACAAGAGGAACACGAAUCGCCCCAAGAGCGACUGACGCUGCAUGAGCCACCAAGACGAGUCUUGGUGUCGCUGCCAGAUAGCCAAGUUACCCUGUCUGAUUAUUUAUUUCCUGGAGAAGGCCCCUCGGAAGCUCUAACGACACUUCAGGAGUUGCUAGACCUGCAGGUGGAAGAGUCAGACGUACAGACGGAUCUAGAAGUGCAGGCAGAUCAAGCAGAUUUCUACGCACUCGAUGCUCAGCACGAAGGGGAUGCUUCAGAAGAUACGCUACCAGCGAACGCAAAUACACAAAACAUAUUAUUCACUGGAUUGGCAAUUGCAGCUCUUAUACUGGCGGUGUCUGUCGCGGUCCAGUUCACUAGUUACACAGAUAAAACAGAGUGAUUUAUAUUCUUGGAUGGUUAAUUCAAAUGUAUUUCUGUAUAAAACUGUUGAAUAAAUAUAUUUCUUUCACAAU